UGAACUCGCACCUUCUCUCUGUCUCUCUCCUCGGGCCCGUCGGCCCUUCUGCGGAAGUCGGGCAGGAAUGCGAUGGAGACCUCUCGGGGCAGUUCCCACAGGAAGCCUGGGGCACCUAGCCUUCCUCCCGUGCAUCCGCGCACUUGCCAGGGACCCCCACAGAGCCUGACACAGGGAAGGGGGAAACUGAGGCCCAGAGAGGUCAAGCACAUUGUUUGAGCACACACAGCAGCCAGACACUCUGACGAGUCACAGCAGAUGGAAAGGGGGGAGAAGAGAGCAUUUUCAGGGGCUCCCUAUUUCUGGGCGUGGGCUUACCGUUAUGGCUGCGACUGGAGGCAGUAGUGGUAGGGAUGGGCUGGAGCUGAGGACCCGUGAGGGGAGGAGGGUGGGCUCGUGCAGAGAGGAUCCAGCCACCGCCUCAUUCUCAACCAGGCUCCUCACCUCAGCACUAUGGGCAUUUUGAGCCAGAUCGUUGUGUGUUGUGGGGCCUUCACCCACUAGAUGCUGGUAGAGCCCCUUCGGCUGGGACAACCCCAGAUGCCUCCAGACCGUGCCCACUACUUUGUACGCGGCGACAUGGGAGCACUGGGUCUGAUUGGCUAUCCAGGACCCAAGGGCGUGAAGGGACUGAUGGGGAACAUGGGGGAGCCCGGACUGAAAGGUGAUAAGGGUGAACAAGGGGUUCCAGGUGUGUCAGGAGAUACUGGAUUCCAAGGAGACAAGGGGAGCCAGGGAUUGCCAGGGUUCCCAGGUGCACGGGGGAAGCCGGGGCCUCUGGGCAAAGUUGGAGACAAGGGAUCCCUUGGGUUUCCUGGGCCUCCUGGACCUGAGGGAUUCCCCGGAGACAUUGGCCCCCCUGGGGACAACGGCCCAGAAGGCACGAAGGGUAAGCCUGGAGCUCGAGGCCUGCCGGGACCCCGUGGGCAGCUGGGGCCCGAGGGAGAUGAGGGACCCAUGGGGCCACCUGGGGCCCCCGGCUUAGAGGGCCAACCUGGCAAGAAGGGGUUUCCUGGCCGGCCCGGCCCGGAUGGCAUGAAGGGAGAGCCAGGCGACCCUGGACGGCCAGGGCCCGUGGGUGAGCAGAUAGGGAUGCUGAAGACCAGAGAAACAUAG